UUGUGUUAAUUCCCCACAGCAAUUAUAUCAGACGUUAACAGACUACGACAUUCGGUUCUACAUGUAUGAAAUCUUGAAGGCCCUGGAUUAUUGCCACAGUAUGGGGAUCAUGCACAGAGACGUCAAACCUCACAACGUCAUGAUUGACCACGAGCAUCGAAAGCUGAGGCUAAUAGACUGGGGUUUGGCUGAAUUCUAUCAUCCGGGUCAGGAAUAUAACGUCCGAGUGGCUUCCAGAUACUUCAAAGGCCCGGAACUCCUUGUAGACUAUCAGAUGUACGACUACAGUCUGGACAUGUGGAGUUUGGGGUGCAUGCUCGCCAGCAUGAUCUUUCGAAAGGAGCCCUUUUUCCACGGUCACGACAAUUACGAUCAGUUGGUGAGAAUAGCCAAAGUAUUGGGAACAGAAGACCUUUACGACUACAUUGACAAAUACAACAUUGAGCUCGACCCCCGUUUCAACGACAUCCUGGGCAGGCACUCGCGGAAGCGAUGGGAACGUUUCGUCCACAGUGAGAAUCAGCACUUGGUCAGCCCUGAAGCCUUAGAUUUCCUGGACAAAUUGCUGCGAUACGAUCACCAGUCCCGACUGACGGCGAGAGAAGCCAUGGAGCAUCCUUACUUCUACCCGAUCGUGAAGGACCAGGCUCGGAUGAACUCAGCCAGCCUGCCAGGGAGCAGCACGCCUGUGAGCAGUGCUGGGAUGCUGUCAGGGAUUUCUUCAGUGGCGACGUCUUCCCCCCUCGGACCUCUUGCCGGCUCCCCAGUGAUUGCCGCGGCCAACCCAUUGGGCAUGCCGGUACCUGCUGCCGCAGGGGCUCAGCAAUAAAAGAAUCCCCGUCUCCCAGAUGCCGGACUGAAGCCACCAUUAGGGCUGAGGGUCCUCCUCCAUCCGCCCCCCCCACCACAGUCACUUGUAGCCGACGUUUGGGGGGGGGGCGGUAAGAGAGAGACAGGAGGAGCCUUGGCUGAACCGUUGCUUGUGGAUUGAUCGUCCUUCCGUCACGUCAUCCAUAUGUAUAUCUCUCUCUUUCCCUGGAUAUAUAUAGAUAUGGAUGGAUCUUCUCAUGCCGAAUUCUCCCCCCCCCCACAGCCCGCCUGCCUUUUUUUUUUUACUUGAACUUUUUGUAACUCAAGAGGAACCCCUUGGCCAAAAUCCACCCGGCGAGCGUUCCACGGACUGUGUCUCGUCUGUCCUGCUCACCGUCGCCAAGUCCUCGAAAGACUCGCAAAGCGAGCACGCCGGUUCUUCCUGAUCUUGGUUUCUCUUGUCCUGACGACUCAACUGUUGUCCCCAAACAUCCCACCCCUUCCCCAACGCAGGGGAAACGUGUCGCUAUCACAACCCUCCUACCCCUGUUGAAUUCCGGCCUCGGGAAGCCAGCAAGAGGGGGACGCCGGGCUUCUGGAAGGCCACGUCAGCAUCUUCUGCAGCGGCGCAGAACGAACCCGGUUGCGGGGAAAAAAAGUCACAACGGUCAGAUUCCUAUUGGGUUGUCUUCUCAACGUAAAGCCUCCAGCCCUCGCCAUUCCCGAUCCGUAUCUUCUUCAAAAGAUAUCCGGCCCCAUUGCAAAAGCUCUCCCUGUAACGCCUUCUGGAAUCCUGGAACAUAAUUUUUCACCUGUUUUUCCUUUCUUUUGUUUUUGUUUUUUUAAAAAAAAACAUCUCAAACUUCGAACAGGUUAGAUCUUGGGAAACAAUGAGCUGAGGUGGGACACUCGCUUGUCCAGCUCACCUGCCCUCCUCUUUUUUUCCCCCUCUCCAUGUGCCAUAUGGCGAGAAAGAUCGCUGUGUGUGCCUGCGUGUUACUUCAUGGGAGCUGGUGGGAGAGUUGCAAGCUGUCUGUGACUUCCCUCCCCCCCCCAAAAGGGUGUGAAAAAACACAAAAACAGACCAACGGCGUCCUGGCGGAGGACCGUGUCCUCCCUUUUGGGGCUGUGUGUCUUGUCGACAACACGCCCCACCGAAGACUCCGUGUGUAAAAUGGGUCUCGCUCUUCCUAGGCUGAAAUACCCGACCUCGGAAUUCCUGGCUGUAAAUAAACUAUUUUUUGUUUUGUUUUUUAA